AUGUCUAACCCUCUCGAAACCGAGCCCGGCUCUGAACGCUUCAGUGAUUAUGAAGCCGAACUGAAGCUGGUUCAGGCCGACCUGGUUCAGAAGCUCGACCAAAUCCCCGAACUUUCAGGCGAGCCACGCAAGGCUGCCCUCAGCUCCGCCGAGCGCGCUUUGGAGGAGGCAGAUGAACUUCUCGCCCAAAUGCGCCUUGAGAAGGCAAACAUCCCCACCACACUCCGCAGCAAGAUCAACGCCCGCUUCCGCAACCACGAGACCGAUAUCGACUCCCACAAGCGCAAGCUUCGUUCCCUCGCCGACGACCGUGCCGCUCUCUUCGGCGCCCGCUAUACCGAUAACCCGUCAGGCUCCGGUCAAGAUGUCCAGCUUGAGCAGCGCCAGCAGCUCCUCCAGGGAACAGACCGCCUCGACCGCUCCACGCAGCGCCUCAAAGCCUCUCAGGCCCUCGCAAAUGAGACUGAGGCCAUCGGUGCCAGCACCUUGGCAAACCUUCACCAGCAGCGCGAGACCAUCCAGCACACCCACGACCGCCUCCUCGAAAGCGAAGGAUACGUGGACCGCAGUGUCAAGACGCUACGGGGGAUGGCACGUAGGAUGGCUACCAAUCGGGUGAUCACUAUCUCAAUCAUCACCAUCCUUGUUCUUCUCAUUAUUGCCGUCAUUUUCAGCAAGUUUAGAUAA